AAAUUAACUACUCCGCAAUCAAUCAGGAUCAAGCACCAUCAACGGGCUGGCGAUAAAGUGUUUGAGUAACUGCAAGAAACUGCAUUGCAACCAGCAGUAGCCCUCCGGUAACAACCACGGAAGCAACCGGAAACAGUGGAAAUGGAUCUGGUGAAACUGUUCAGUGUGCUGCUAAUCUGCGCCUCUUUGAUCUUUGUCUGUGAAGCGCAGCUCACAUUUACUCCGUCCUGGGGUAAACGAUCCUCGACUCCACUGUCACUAAACAUGCAAAGCUCUUUCGGGGUUCAGGACGGCUGUAAAACGCCUGUUGAUUCACUGAUGGUAAUCUAUCGAAUGAUUCAGACCGAAGCACAGAAAAUCUUAGAAUGCAACCAAAAGUAGGCAGAUAGCGGCUGUCAUCGCACAAUCAACUCGACAGAGGAUUCAGUUCCAACCAGCGGAGAAUGCAUUUUAUUUUUUGCUUUACAUGAUGGACAUCGGAAGUGUGUAUACCAAUAUAUAUCACGUUCCCGAUUCGUUUCCCUAAUGUAUACACUUACCUAUAUAAGAUAUUGCAGAUCACAGAAAAUGGCUUAAGUGAAAAACGGUG